UAGAUUACUGGAUACAGAACCUCGAGGAGGAAAGAGAAGACGAAAGAGUGCAAUUUCACUUAAAUGUUGUUUUUUUCCUGAAGGAUAUCACGAUGUUGGAACAGUUGGGUUACUUUGUGUUGGAAGCGCCUUGAAUCGUAGACUUUUUGGUUCUCUUUCCGCGUGGGAAAGAGCUCGGCAGUUUACAAUUGCUGGGCUAGUGGUUCUUCAGAGUUGAAGAACAACAACCGCUUCCUUUACUACUUUGCCCUGUGACAGCCGAUUCAAUUGACGGAUAUCACUACCAUGCCAGGCUUCGUCCAUUUUUACUUUGAUGAUUUCAGAGUCCAACUCAAGCGGUAUGGUGUGAAUUUCAGCUAUCAGCCCAAUACAUGGGGCUUGCUGUAACCGAAUUUACAACGUUGUUAUUGCUGAAGGGACCACAGUGACAGACUUUAAUUUGUAUGCUAGCUGACGUUAAUGUGUUAGCAAGGAGAGUUGGGACGACGGGAUACAAAAGCAAACCUACGUCUCCUCUCCAGGAUACUGUGUAAUUGUAUGCAGUGUGGAAUAUCGUUAUGCCAAACAAGCAAGUUGAUGAGUAUUACUCCUGAGGUCGCCUAACUAUUAGCUAGCUAGCAUAACGUUAUAAGAAACCUGAAAUCUGUGAAGAAUGCAAUAACCAGGCAGGCCUAUUGUUUUGGGGUACUGGAGAUAGCGAAGAAAAUCCAUUGUUGUCAUUUCACAAGAGGACCUCAAGACUGAAAAUGUCCUUCUUCAAUUUCCGGAAAAUAUUUAAAUUGGGAGCUGAAAAGAAGAAAAAACAGUAUGACCACGUCCACCGAGACGUGAAUCCGGAGGAAAUCUGGGAGAUCAUCGGUGAACUUGGUGACGGUGCCUUUGGUAAAGUUUACAAGGCCCAAAACAAGCAGACUGGCAUUCAGGCUGCCGCCAAGGUGAUUGACACUAAAUCAGAGGAGGAGCUUGAGGACUACAUGGUGGAAAUCGACAUCUUGGCGUCAUGUGAUCACCAAAACAUUGUCAAGCUCUUGGAUGCCUUCUACUUUGAAAAUAAGCUCUGGAUCCUGAUUGAGUUCUGUGCUGGUGGUGCAGUGGACGCAGUGAUGCUGGAGCUGGAGCGUCCGCUGACGGAGCCUCAGAUCCGCGUGGUGUGUCGGCAGACGCUGGAGGCCCUCAUCUACCUCCACGACAACAAGGUCAUCCACCGCGACCUCAAGGCCGGCAACAUCCUCCUCACCCUGGAGGGGGACGUCAAGCUGGCGGACUUUGGCGUGUCAGCCAAAAACACUAAAACCUUCCAGAGGAGAGACUCCUUCAUUGGGACGCCCUACUGGAUGGCCCCGGAGGUGGUGAUGUGCGAGACGUCCAAGGACCGUCCGUACGACUACAAGGCGGACGUGUGGUCCCUGGGCAUCACGCUGAUCGAGCUGGCGCAGGUGGAGCCGCCCAACCACGAGAUGAACCCCAUGAGGGUGCUGCUCAAGAUCGCCAAGGCCGAGCCACCCACGCUCAUGCAGCCCUCCAAGUGGUCGCCGGAGUUCAGUGAUUUCCUCAGGCGAUGCCUGGAUAAGAAUGUGGACAACAGAUGGAGCCCAGUGCAGCUUCUUCAGCACCGAUUUGUGAGCAGCGUGUUGGACAACAGGCCACUCAGGGAGCUCAUCGCUGAGGCCAAGGCCGAGGUCUGGGAGGAGAUCGAGGAGUCCAAGGAGGAAGAGGAGGAGGAGGACCACGAUGCCCAGCUGGUGCUUCCUGGACACAAGCGCGCCUCGUCGGACGCCAGCGUGGCCAGCUCCGAGGACGAGAAGCUCUCCCAGUCCCCCUCCAUCCUCGAGUCCGUCCCCGAGAAGGCCGAGCCAGAUGUACCCGCCGCCGCCCCCGUCCCCGUCCCCGCCGCUGCCCCAGAACCCUCUACCCCUGCCCCUGUGCCCGCUGCCGGGGCGCCCCUCACGGACGUGCCCAAGGUCGAGGAGGAGGUCCCCGAGCCGGUGGAGAACCACAUCCAGGAGCCCGCUCCUGUAGAAGAGCCCUCUGUCAAGGUGGAGGAGAAUGCGGUGGAGAAGGAAGGAGAAGGUGUGGAGGAGGAGGAGAAGGAGGUGGUGGUGGAGAAGCCUGGCGUAGAGGAGCCAAAGGUAGAGGAGGCGCAGGAGGAGGAGGAGAAGGAGAAGGAGGCGAUCGCGGUCGUGGAGGAGGCCAAGCCGGAGCCCGAGGCAGUGGACUCCGCCGAAGUGAGCCCUGCGGCACCGGAGGAGAAGAUUCCGGAACCCGUGGCGGACAGCGAAAAGGAAGUGGACGAGGCCGCGGCCGAAGUCGAGAAGGAGCCCGAGGUGGAGGUGGCGCCGGUCGAGGCGGAGGUCGCGCAGCCAGAGACCACCGUCGUCGUAGAGACGCCAGCCUCGCCAGCCUCGCCAGCCCCCGUCGAGGUGCUCACGCCGCCAGAGUCGCCCGCCCAGAAGGUUCCGGAAGAGGAGAAGCCCGCGCUCCUGGCCGACAAGAGCACCACGCCCGUCAAGCCCCGCUACGAGCGCGAGAGGGACCGGGAGAAGGAGAAGGACAAGGACUCGGACUCAGGGAACGGCAGCGUGGACCUCAACCUGUCCAUCUCCAGCUUCAUGGCCAAGAACAAGGAGGCCAACUCUAUUAGCGUACAGGAGGCGAAAAGACAGAAGAAGACGCUGAAGAAGACUCGUAAGUUCAUGGUCGACGGCGUGGAGGUGAGCGUGACUACGUCGAAGAUCAUCACGGACAACGACACCAAGAAUGAGGAGAUGCGCUUCCUGAGGCGUCAGGAGCUGCGUGAGCUGCGUCUGCUGCAGAAGGAGGAGCAGAGGGCCCAGCAGCAGCUCAGCAACAAGCUGCAGCAGCAGCGCGAGCACAUCUACAGGCGCUUCGAGCAGGAGACAACGAGCAAGAAGCGGCAGUACGACCAGGAGGUGGAGAACCUGGAGCGCCAGCAGAAGCAGACCAUCGAGCGGCUGGAGCAGGAGCACACCAACCGGCUCCGCGACGAGGCCAAGCGCAUCAAGGCCGAGCAGGACAAGGAGAUGUCCAAGUACCAGAACAUGCUCAAGAACCGCAAGAAAGAGGAGCAGGAGUUCCUGCAGAAGCAGCAGCAGGAGCUGGACAGUGCCCUCAAGAAGAUCAUCCAGCAGCACAAGCACGAGCUGGCCACCAUCGAGAGGGACUGCCUCAACCACAAGCAGCAGCUCCUCAGAGCCCGCGAGGCGGCCAUGUGGGAGCUGGAAGAGCGCCACCUGCAGGAGAAGCACCAGCUGCACAAGCAGCAGCUGAAGGACCAGUACUUCAUGCAGAGACACCAGCUGCUCAAGAGGCACGAGAAGGAGAUGGAGCAGAUGCAGCGCUACAACCAGCGGCUGAUCGAGGAGAUGAAGAACAAGCAGACAGCCGAACGCGGCCGGCUGCCCAAGAUCCAGCGCAGCGAGGCCAAGACGCGCAUGGCCAUGUUCAAGAAGAGCCUGCGCAUCACUUCCUCCACCGUCUCCCCGGAGCAGGAGCGCGAGAAGAUCAAACAGUUUGCAGCACAGGAGGACAAGAGGCAGAAGAACGAGCGCCUGCAUCAACACCAGAAGCACGAGAACCAGAUGAGAGACCUGCAGCUGCAGUGUGAUGCCAACAUCAGGGAGCUGCAACAGCUCCAGAACGAGAAGUGCCACCUGCUGAUUGAGCAUGAGACCCAGAAGCUGAAGGAGCUGGAUGACGAGCACAGUCAGGAACUGAAGGAGUGGAGAGAGAAGCUGAGACCCCGCAAGAAGGCUCUGGAGGAGGAGUUUGCGCGUAAGCUGCAGGAGCAGGAGGUCUUCUUCAAGAUGACUGGCGAGUCGGAGUGUCUCAACCCCUCGGCACAGAGCCGCAUCUCCAAGUUCUACCCCAUCCCCAGCGUCCACUCCACGGGUUUCUAACGCUCUAACACACACACACACACACACACACACACACACUUGAGGGCAGCAAUGCACACUACAGGCUGCCACGGUUGUGGAGCUGCACCUCUUCUGCCUUGACCCCGACCCCUGUCCUCCACACCAGCUGUGAGGUGACGGAGGAAGGACCUACUCAUGAGGAUUUCACUAGUUGCCCCUGUGUUUGAUUCUCUCUCUUCCUUUAUCUCUCUCUCUCUCUCUCUCUCUCUCUCUCUCUCUGAAUCUCUCUUUCCCCAUUUUUCUUUUCCCUUUCCCUCACCCCGUUCAGUCUUUAUUUAUUUUUUUUAUUUUUUUUUUGAACUCACUAAACACACUCCCCACAUUCUGUUGACCGCAUUGGACUUCAGAAUGGUUAGCAAACUUCACUCUUCUUUCGUUUUUGACACAAAAAAAAAAAAACCUAGUGCCUAAACAAUGGUUUAAAUCGACCACUUUUUACUGGGUUGAUUGGUUUAUUGGAGAAAGUAAAUUGCUGCUGAAUUGUUGUCUUACUCCAGAAGGUUUUAUACACUACAGGGGAAUUAAACAACCCUAUAGGGAAUAUGUAGCAAUGCUUUAGCAAACGCAUCAUGUAGCCUCAGCUUAAAAUGCAAUAGUAAUUUUUGCCACAACCUCCUCCAAACACUCAACAGUAGCAGCUGAACCUGGUUAGAAUGUACCUUCAGACAGAAGCAAAUUGUGAGCACAAUUUGGAAGGUCAAAUAGAAUUGAAAGAAUGAAAUGAAAGAAAGAAAGAAAGAAAGAAAGAAAGAAAAGAGACAAAGGAAGAAAACAUUACAUUUUGUAGCCAUUUGACCCUACUUGUUGAACUAAUUGUUAAGCAAAUUCAGGAUGAAAAUGAUAUGGCACACUCUUGACAGUAGCACAAAGGAUGAAGACCUUUUUUUUUUUCUAAUUUCAAAACUAAAUAAAUAUAAAUCUUGAUGACAUCUGUUGAGGUCAUAAUCUUAAUCUAAACAGCAUAUCAUUUUGUAGUCCAUGUCCGUGGGACAAGAAUUCAGGCAAGAAUAAUAAUAAUAAUAAUAAUAAUAAUGAUAAUAAUACAAAUAAAUGCUGUCUGCUUGCUGUAGUGCCUUGGUUGAAUUCUGCUCCUGUUUAAAGAAGAAGGCCGGAGUUUGGCAUCCCCCAUGUGAAGGGUCCCUUACCUCAAGUGAGGACACUCGACUUGUCCUACUUAGCGAAUUUACUCAGCACACUUGUGUUUGUUUCAAUUUACGAUAAAAGAUAAAUGUGGUCAUACUCAAUGAAGGAUUGCAACUUUUUUUCCCUUUUUCCCCCCCGACAUAUCGAUAUGCAAGAAAUGUUUUACAGCCUGUUUUUUUGUUUGUCUGUCAGUCUGUUGGUUUUGCCUGUGGUUUGUAUUUUUGGACUUGUUUCAUUAUUGCUGCUGUCAUGAACCUGAGAAUUGUUUUUUAUUUUAUUUGUUUUUUUUGGUCAACACUACAAGCCCAUCAGCAGAAUACCAAUUAGCAUUCAUCACUACCAAAUACCCCAAUCAUAGGAAGCAUGCUUUUGAGUGUCUUUGUUUCUGUUUAUAAUCAGAAAAGUACUUAAGUGAUUUUUUUUUUUUUUUUUUUUUUUUUUUUUUAAAGCAAUGAAUAGUUUACUCUCCAUUUGUGUAGAAGUUACCAUGACUGUUUCAUGGACUUUAUUAUUAUUUUUUUAGAAGUUAAAUAAAUACCUUUUUUACAAUGUUAGUUCAGGUUGAUUCUGAUUACGUAUCACUACACAAGGACGACAAAUAUUUUCUCUUUUUUAUUAUUAUUAUUUUAUCAUCUCAAAACUACAAAUAUUGUUCUGGUAGAUAUGAAGUGUUUCUAAUUGAGAGGCGGUAUAAUCUCAUGAGUUUAUACGCUCUGUGGUAAUCAUUUUAAGUUACAUUUUAGCAAAAGCUUCUUUGGCUGUUUAUUUUCUUUUUUUUACACUACUCUGGAAGUACUUGCAUUUAACUUUUAUCCAAACCAUAAAUGCAAUGGAAAUGCAGGAACACUCCGGUAAGUGCAAGCACUUGUUUGAGUGACUCCUCUUAUGAGCCUAUGGUGUUAAUGUGAACUGCUACAACUACAGUCAAAUCGACGUAUACGAAGAUGUGCUGAGCACCUUUCUUUGGAGAUCUGAGGAUUUUUUUGCGAGUGGAUAUUUAAAGAAUUCUAUCUAGACAUAAGAUCAUGAGCAUUCUAGAAUUAUUUGGAUUGUUUUGUUGUUCUCCCAUAUAAACUUGCAUUUGAAAUGUAAGCGAAAUCACUUACUUUGUGCUAUUUUUCGUAAUUAUUCUGUUUUUGUUUUUUGUUUUCUUCUUCUUUAUUCUGACCCCAUGCAUUGCAAUGCCAGUCAUAGAAUUUGGAGAAACCUCCGGAUUGCAUUUUUAAGUACUGUCUGUAACAAUGUAAGACAUAAUGUAUUUGCAAAGAUCAGGUUGUUGUGGUUUUUGUUGAAGCCACAUAUGAUUUAGUGUAAUUAAAUUGUUUCCUGUACAUAAUAAAAGAUGUCAGCGUCUUUA